UAAAACAGAUCCUACAGCUAAAAGGCUCUGUUUUACCACUUUCCUCCAAAUUCUCAAACCGACAAACCCUAACUCCUCUAAGAGGCUCGCACAACCCAGACGCCACUGCCCCGCUGCCCGCACGUAGAUCGGCGACCGCCUCACCGUUCCCGGCGCUCCGCACGCCAGAACCCGGGUCGGAGUCCAGGCCCUCCACCGUGUCACCGUGAGCUGUUGCGGAUUUGCGCCUUUGCGGCCUUGCGUUGCCCACUUUGCCGGUUUCCUUUAAGGCUUUAAUUAAGUCGAUUAGAAGGGGAUAAUCAGUGCUCGGUGCUCCACUGCACCGUCAUCCACUCAUCCAUAUUUCGUGGCUCUGUAGCAAUGGCUCAGGAAAAUGGCAUGUUUAUUGUACAACAAACAAUUGGCAGUGUUCUAUGCUGCAAAUGUGGUAUCCCUAUGCAACCAAAUGCUGCCAACAUGUGUGUGAGGUGUUUGCGUUCUGAAAUUGACAUCACUGAAGGUUUGCUGAAGCAAGUGACAAUCUUAUUUUGCCCUGAAUGUGAGACUUAUUUGCAGCCUCCGAAGACUCGGAUCAGGGCUCAACUAGAAUCAAGGGAACUCCUAACAUUUUGUCUAAAGAGGUUGAAUUUGGAUAAAGCCAAAGUCACAUUGGUGCAUGCUGAGUUUGUGUGGACUGAACCGCAUUCUAAGAGGAUCAAGGUUAAACUGAGAAUUCAAAAGGAAGUACUUCACGGGGCAGUUCUAGAGCAGGCUUAUAUUGUUGAGUAUGUUGUGCACCAUAAUAUGUGUGAUUAUUGUAAUAGGCUCCAGGCAAAUCCGGAUCAGUGGGUGGCAUCAGUUCAACUCCGACAACAUGUUCCUCACAGAAGGACUUUCUUCUACCUGGAACAACUUAUUCUUAAGCAUGAUGCUGUGGCCCAGGCUAUCAGAAUCAAGCAGAUGAAUAAUGGAAUUGAUUUCUUCUUCUCCAACAGAAGUCAUGCUGUGAAAUUUUUGGAAUUUGUUGGCAAAGUUGCUCCCAUCAAGAGUCGCAGUGAUAAAGAGCUUGUGUCUCAGGAUUCCAAGAGCAACACUUACAAUUAUAAGCAUACUUUCUCAGUUGAGAUUUCCCCCAUCUGUCGUGAGGACCUUGUAUGUCUUCCUCCUAAAGUUGCAGUAAGUGUGGGGAAUCUGGGUCCCAUUGUGAUUUGUACAAAACUGACCAACAGUUUAAUGUUAUUGGAUCCAAACACCUUGAGGUAUUGCUUCCUGGAUGCUGAUCAGUAUUGGAGAGCACCUUUCAAAUGCCUGCUCUCUAGUAGGCGGCUGGUGGAAUACAUUGUGCUGGAUAUCGACAAUGUUUCACCUGAAGUUGUUGUUUCUGGCUCAAGGUAUGCUUUGGCAGAUGCCCAAGUGGCGCGUGUAUCAGACUUUGGAAGGAAUGAUACAAUAUUUCACAUCAGGACACACUUAGGUCAUCUUCUAAACCCCGGGGAUCAUGCCCUUGGUUAUGAUCUUUAUGGGGCUAAUCCUAAUGACUCCGAAUUGGACAAAUACAAAGGGCUUGUUCUUCCUGAAGUCAUAUUGGUUAAGAAGAGCUAUGAAGAGAAGCGUCAAAGAAAACGUGGGAAGCCCCGUGCUUGGAAGCUCAAGAACCUUAAUAUGGAGGUUGAUGAUGCUGGCAAUGCUAAAGUUGACCAUGAUAAGGCUGCUAAUGAAUAUGAAGAGUUCUUAAGAGACUUGGAAGAGAACCCUGAUUUGAGGUUUAAUGUAUCACUGUACCGCAAUAAGGAAUACCAACCAUCGGAAACAGCUUCUAUGACAGACGGUGAUGAGUUGCCCUCUGUGCCCCUAGAUGAGCUGCUCGCUGAUCUUGAUAUAAGUGACGAUGAAGAUGAAGCAGGAGGUAGUAACAUGAGGGAGUGAUGAGCUCUUUUAGAACUCUGUAAAGUUUCUAUUUCAAUUGCAAUUCUGCUUUUGAAAGGUCCUUUUUCUCUCACUUUUUGUUUACCUUCAUAGUUUUGUCUUCUUGGACUAAGCCUCCUUUCCGCAUACAAUAGCCUCCUUUCAUGUUUUCUUUUGCACUUGGCUUUUAGCUGUAUACUAGGAAAAGGUUUUUGUUUACUUGCGCUGUAUCCUGGUCUUUUGCUCCCUGAACUUGUGAUUUUGUAUUACAGUGAUAUUAGAUGUUCCUUAGCUCUUGAAUCAUGACCUGAAAAAGAACGGUAACAUUACUCUAUUGCGGCAAAUUCAUGGAAAUUUUUCGACUAA